CCUCUACUCACCAACAUCUCUACCUCGGUAGGUUGCGCACCCUGACUACCAUCUCGAGCCUCACAAAGUAAUAUCGCGAUCCGAACCACUAUCGCGAUCCAAACAUAAUGGCUUCAAUGCGCGCGCCAGGACGGGGGGGAAUGCAAGUUCACGCGGUCCCAGAAUCAGAGCGCGCAUGGGAUUCUUCUGGUCGCCAGCUGCCCUGGGGAUAUGAGUAUGCAGACUCGGAGAACAAUCUUCGUCGAGGGCCAGAAGAGAAGGGGCCGUUUGGGAAGUCGAUGCGAUCACGGCGCGGUACAUCACGAAGCAAAACCCACACACCUGGUCUGAAGGUCGACAAGGCGCGCGACAACGAUGCCAGAGUCAUCGACGAUAUAUUUGGCAGCCUCAAGGCGGGCCUCAAGACAGAAGACGCCGGCGCCGCCGCAGCAGCAGCCCUCAACGCCCAAGCCAGCGCGCUCACAAACACCGCGCCCGUAGCAGCAGCCUCACAACCCACCACCGCAAAGGAGCCCACCGAAGUCAUCCUCUACGGCUUCGGCAAGGACUUCCAAUGGGCCGCCAUCGAGUUCUUCGAGAAAGUCUCAAACGGCUUCAUCUACGAGGACUACGAGCGCCAGCCGCCACACGUCAAGUACAACCUCUCCAUCUCCCAGAGCCGCGCCUCCGCCCAGCGCUCCCUCUCCCACGCCGCCCUGCGCAAGAAGAACCAGUACGUCGGCGGCGACCACUGGAUAAAGGUCACCUUCGACAGCCCCGAGGCCGCAGAGUCCGCCUGCUACGCCUCGCCACACUUCAUCCAGGGCUACGCCGUCCACGCUGAGCCGUACCGUGGCAUCGCCCCUCGCGACGACGCCCCAAUAACAGCCACCUCCCUCACAAUGGACUCACUGCAGACCUCCCCACACAGCUCGCACACCCUCGGCCAAACCUCCGCAUCGCCAUCCUCUGCAACCGCGUCCUCGACGACAGCAACUGCCUCUGCGCCCGCCCCGUUCGAUAAUAACCGCCCGUCAUCCCACCAGCAUCACCACCCUCUCUCGCAGAUGUUCCGCGCGCCGCAGUCCGCCGCUUCCCACGCAAACAACAUACCCUUCCCCUCCUCCUCCUCCACCAGCACCGCGCUCGCCACAGCAACACACCAAGCCCAGCCAGGCGCAUCGGGGCCGCACAACACGCUGCGCGUCCGCGGCGCCAAGCCCGCCGUCCUCAAACCCGCCGAGGAAGCCCUUCUCCCCGUCGUGUCGCGGUGGCAGCAGACGUUUGGCUGGAUACCACUCGUCGGCAGUCUGUUCGGGGGCAGCAGCACAAUCAUCGGGAACCAGGUGCCGCGCAAGGAGGACGACGGGACGUUUGACAGCGCGUCGGCAAGCUUCUACUGGAAGCUUUGGUACUUUGUCGAUUCAGUCUAUGCGACUGACUUUUGUGGGCUCAAGGGGGACGAUGAUUUAGAAUGAGGACUGUUCCGCGUGUUUGUGUGUGUGUGUUUCUAAUUUAGCGCUUUCAUACUGCAUGGCGUGGCGUUGAAAAAAGAAAAAGACUGAUUUUCAUGGUAUGGCUUUGUAAUAUCACCAGGUGUGCGUUUCGUGCAUGGGGACUCAGAGUGUAUACGGGAGUGAAGAGUGUGCAGAACCGAAUCAUCUUUUCAUGUCGCAUCAUGCGUGUGCAAUUUUCUAUAUUACAAGUUUUAAACCUGAUCUCCAUACUUCUGACCCUUCUUUCUCGUCGUAGGAAGCAUUCCGUUCUCCCGUCAAUAUUCGAGAUACCAUCAUAGUGUCAUGUCGAUGCGUUGAUAGUACCGGCUGCCUCUCCUUGUUCACUCAUAUUAUUUAACACAGCAAAUUCCACAUUGGAUUGAAUAUCAAGCCGCCGAAUUUAUAGGAUAC